AUGGCGCACAAACAGGCCGCCCGCCAACUGCUGGGCAAACAUCCGCUCCAGAGGCUGCCUUCUCCCUCCCGUGGAGCCUCUGCGGUUCUACACACAAUUGGCUUGGCGUCGUUUGCCUACUCCUUCAACUACCUCGUCACCCAUCCCAAUCCGGUAAACGAAUCCUAUGGCUGGCAUUUACAAUAUCUCACGAUCAUCGGCCUCUCCCUGGCCACCACCACCUUCGCCAUAGGCCUGCUGGCCGACCUGACCCUCUCCCACCGCCUGUUCCAGAUGAAGAACAUCCUCAGCGUGGCCAGCGCACCGAUGGAAUGUCUGAUCAGCCUGCUCUACUGGGGCCUGCGAGCCAUUGACCCCAAACUCGUCAUGCCCGAGUGGGCUCCACCGCUCGAGUUCUCCGCCGACUUGUCCUUUCACGCCAUGCCCGCCAUCUCCCUCGUCGUGGACUUGCUCUUCUUCUCUCCCCCAUAUACCAUUGCGUUUCUUCCCGCGUUGGGCUUGAGCGGUGUGAUUGCCUUUGGAUAUUGGUUCUGGAUUGAGAGGUGCUAUCAAUUCAACAACUUCUACCCUUAUCCCAUUUUUGACCUUCUGGAUACUACUCAGCGAGUUGGGCUCUUUGCUGUUUCCGCCCUCUUGAUGACGACCGCCACGGCGCUGCUUGUAUGGCUAUAUGCAUUAGUCAAUGGGAAAGACAUGGAAGAUGUGGUGAAUGGAGAUCUCAAGAAAGCGAAGAGUGGCAAUGUCAAGGGACAAUAG